AUGGCAAAUGAUUGGAUCCAUUGCAACGCGUGUUACCGUCAGCCUACACAGAGGGUUACCUUCUUCCUUUCAAGUUGUGGCCACAUCAUGUGUCAAAAAUGUGUCUCAGUACCGAGUAGAAAGGAGUCCGAUGAAUCUUGCCUGGUGUGCAACAAGAAAUGCGCGUUCGCUGAGAUAAACAGGAAUCUUCGUCCAGAAUUACAGAUUUUGUUCCGCAACCCAAAGGAUGUCGCAACUCAGUACAUGAAGAGUUUGUCUCAGGUUUUGGAAUUUCAAGGGACGAACAGAACCAGGCUUGCGAAGCAUGUUGCUGAAAGGGAAAAGAAGGCAGUCAAGUUCGCUCAUCUGGCUCGUGAAGAAAUCAAGAAACGCAUCGAGAUGGAGAAUAAAGCAGUAGAAGAACACGCACGAUUGAAACAUGAGUUGGAUAUGGAACGGUUUCGUUGUCGUGCUCUCGAAGUCAAACUUGCUGAACAUGAGAAACAACUUGAAGAACUGCAGAAAAACAUCAGUGUUGUACCACCCGUAGUGGCCCGUUCAGACUCGGGCAUAGAUGCAGAAAUGGAAAUUGAUAGCAACGUUUCCUUCUUGAAUGUUGCGACAAGUACUCCCAUUAAAAAGUGCAGUCCCAUGAACCGCUUCACAUCUACUGGCCACAGAAAUAGGAAUCACAUUGCUGAAAUGUUCCUUACCAACACGGAUGAUGCUCUUUCCCCUAUAACUUUUUCUACCGACCAAAUCAUGACAACACCUGCUAUGUUGGGCUUGAAACAAAAUGGAAGCAGGAGGAGUAGUUCAGCUAAUGAUCGUCAUUCUUCGGGAGAUACUAGAUUCGAUUUUCAUUCUAACAGCGCAAGAAGCAGUAAAGGUCAUAGAGUACCGAGUUGUUGA